AGGCAAUGUAACUCUUUUCACUGCAUACUGAAAGCAGAUGCCACUUCCCUGCCAGUGCUUGUUGCAUUUAGGGGUGAACAGGAUCGUUUGUGCCGAUGGGUGGUCUGCUUACACACCCCAGAAGGGAGGGUAUACCAGAUCAAGGAAUAUUUACUUGCAUGGAGGUGGAUGUUGUGAUUGGGCUUGCUGUCUGCCUGUGAUUCACUGCAGGCAGAACAAAGCGUUUACUAGCCCUCCCUGGCUUCCUGCUUGUCGCCUCCUGCCUGCACUACCAGCUGAUAUCAUCAUGCAGGCACUGCCAAGCAGCAGCUACUGACACAUCCAGACCUUACCUGGAUGUACAUCUCAACUAUUGAAAUAAUCCCAUACCGCAAAAAGUUAGGUACUACAGCUUUCUACCACAGCCCUGAUAAUCUUAUCUGAGUAUCCAAACAGCCUUACAACUUUGCUUGACCUGAGAAUGGAGACACUUUCACAAGAUUCUCUACUGGAAUGUCAAAUUUGUUUCAAUUAUUACAGCCCUCGAAGAAGGCCAAAGCUGCUUGAUUGUAAACAUACAUGCUGUUCCAUCUGCCUGCAGCAAAUGAGAGCUAGCCAGAAAGACCUUAGAUGCCCUUGGUGCAGAGGCGUUACAAAAUUGCCACCAGGAUAUUCUGUGUCUCAGCUUCCAGAUGACCCUGAUGUUGUUGCUGUGAUUGCGAUUCCUCACACUUCAGAAAACACACCAGUGUUCAUUAAAUUGCCUAGUAAUGGGUGCUACAUGUGGCCACUGCCUGUCAGCAAGGAAAGAGCAUUGCUGCCAGGUGACAUUGGAUGUCGGCUUCUACCAGGAAAUCAACAAAAGCCAGUCACUGUUGUGGCUAUGCCAAUGGAACAGCAUCCAUUGCAAAGUAGCCUUCAACAAGAUAUGUUGGAAGAAGAACACGAAAGAAGAGGGGUGGUUAAAAGCUCUACCUGGUCGGGAGUCUGCACUGUGAUUCUGGUUGCAUGUGUGUUGGUCUUCCUUCUUGGCAUUGUUCUUCACAACAUGUCUUGCAUUUCAAAGCGCUUCACUGUGAUUUCCUGCGGCUGAGUUGGACUCCAUUUAUCUUCUGUGCCAUAUUUGUUUUUUAGAAAUAGGGCAAAGUAAAAUGUAAACAUCAGUCUUGUAAACUGGGGGGCAAAUCCAACCCAAACAAGGGUGGGGACCUGUUAACUUCCAUAUUAGGUAAUAAGCCCUAUGAGUGGGUUCUCCACACCAAGCAGUGUGGUUAGCGUUAAUGAAGAUUGCAUGCACAGUCAUCAUUUCUACGCAAACAGGACUUGUGUGAUAGUUUCGAUGGGUAGGGCAGCAAAGACUUUAUUCUUUGAGGAUAUGCUAUGGCCAUGAACACCAAUUU